UGCAUCCAAAGCUUCGUUUUCCUCAAUUUUUUUUAAAUUUCAUCUAAAUUAUCAAAUAAUCACAUUAAUUGUCACAACUAGCCGAAACAGGGCGUGAAUAAUUCAGCCCGGGACCGACCCAAGUCUAGUAAUUUUUUAUUUUCAACCGUAGUUUCCUCCUUACAUAACCUCAAAUUGCGUCAAAAUACAAUCGUGAAAAACUUCAAAAACAACAAUGAGCUCGCAAGACCACCCUCGAGACAUCUACAAAGACACUCCCAUUCGAUUAUUGGGCUACGCUAACGAAGUGGGUGAGUCUUUGAGGGGUUUUAUUGGGACGAAAUGGGUCAACAUUUCAUACGGAGUGGCCACAUUGUACGUUGUUGCUGACACAAUUGACAAAACGGGUAAAACAUACGUUAACAAUUCAGGAAAGGCGGGUUGUGUCAAAAAGACUGUUUUCGCAGCCACUGAUACGCUAAUUUGGCAAAUGUUGGCUUCAGUCGUCAUUCCAGGAUACACAAUUAACCGGGUGUGUGCUUUAAGUGAUUUUGUGUUGACCAAAACGGCCAAAUUACCCACAAAUAGCAGAAAAAUGAUUGUUACAGGAGUUGGUCUAGCUGUGAUUCCGUUUAUUAUUAAACCCAUAGAUAAUUUAGUCCAUUUAAUGCUUGACUCUAGUCUGAGAAAAAUAGCCCCCUAGAACUAAAAAAAAAGCAUGAGUAGGUAUAAAAAUUAGCUCAAUUGUUAAUUAUCAAUUUGAAAAAAACUAGUGUUGUUUGUUGCAACGUGUGGUAGCCCUGUCUAGUGACUAGUGAAAAACCACAAAUCAAGUGUUGUUAUUGUUGCUUAAAUAAAUUAAA